CGUCGAACAGGCUCUCCGGUGUGCUAACGUUAGCCCAAAAUAGCCCAACUUCAGAAAACUAGCAGAAGUCCUCCCUUGUGAUACUGACUCUCCAACCAGGGGAUUAUUUAGCGCUAAAUUCGUCCUGACAGGAGUAAACACGAUGCUGGAGAAGCUGAGUUUGACCUGUGACAGACUGCUGUCACACCGGCAGCUCGCAUGCUGUCACGGUUAUUGUGGUGUUCCGGUGCACGGCAAGGACAUGCUGAUUUACUGUAAUGUUGACACAGAGAAGAAGCCCCUGCUGCUUACCGGCCACCAUGGGGAGAUAUGUGCCAUGACUUUUGGAAAAGGAAGCAGACCUGUUCUCCUCUGCUCUGCGUCUGCUGAUUAUGUCAUCGUCUGGGAUAUUGAAAGGUGCCAGAGGAGAACACAGGAGGGGAAAGUUGCAGCUGGAAUAGUUAUCGGGUCUUUGCUGGGGGAAGUUGUCAACCUUUCGUUCUGUUUCUCUGAUGAACGAGUGGCUGCAUGUUCAGGAUCAACAGUAUAUAUUCUCAGCUCAAAGAAACAUGAAAUGAUCUCUACUUUGAAACGCCAUCUCGCACCCGUUACUUCAGCAGAGUUCUGUCCCUGGAAUAAAGACGUUCUGGUCACCACGUCAGAGGAUCGCACUUUUAAGGUGUGGGAUUUAAAAACUGAAUCUGUUUGCUACCAGUCUUCGGUUCUUUCAGCCUCUCCACUGCUGAGCGUGUUCUUCUUGGAGGAGAACAGGCACUUUAUCACAGGCUCAACUGAUGGACAGUUGUGGUGCUUCUCUCUCCCUGAUGACCACAAGUGUCACCUGGUGACCAAAAUGGACAUUGAAAAGAUGGAAAAAAGAUAUCAAAUCCACCAUGGGACUGUGAGCCAUGAAGAAGGGGUCACAGAACAAUCGUGUGAAGAAAAUAUGGAGACUUCAAAACCUGUCCUCAAAAUGGCUUUAUAUAGCUUAUUUACUGACGACAGCAAUGAGCAUGCAAAAGACAACAGUCGGAUAUGUAUUGGAAGCACUGAUGGCCUGUAUGUGGUGGAUCUUGCUUCCUCAGAACUCCUAACAGCAAUAUACUUCAAAGAUUUUACCAACUUGAGCAUCACAAUGGCUGGGUCAUGGACAAUCUCUCGAGAGUCGGAUAACUCUAUGUUUUUGUUAGUGAGCUCUUUGUUUACUCCAAGUGUGGUCCUGUUGGAGUUAAGUCUGUGUGACCACCAGGGGACCCCGCCAUGUGGGAAUGGCUUUUCAGUGUUUUCAAGUUCUCCUCCACUGCCAGAGUCUCCUCUGAAUGCCGAGUUAAAGAAGAGGGAGGCCAUGAAUCCAAAAAAGAAAGGAGGCAUAAAGGAGCAGCCCCUGGUUUUCCACUCCAAAGUGAGGUCAUCUGGAUAUACCAGCACCCCAAGAAGGAAAAUGUUUUCACCUAAAACAAAUGUUCAGAAGAAUUCUUUCUCUAAAAAGGCUCACAAAAAGACUGGUUUCCUUCUCAGAGAUUAUCCAGCAGACAGUGCAGCACCUUCUGUUCCACACAGUCAUCAACGCACUGGCAACAAACCAGUCAACUGCCUCCAGUAUUCAGGUGACGGAAAACAGAUCCUGUGUGGUCUUGGCGACAGCUCGGUGUUAUUGUACAAGUCCUCCCUCACUGGCAAUCCCACUGUCUACACAGGACAUGACAAACCAGUGAGCAGUGUGGGCUGGAGCCUCAACAGACAAUGGUGGCUCAGUGCAUCAGAGGACCAAUCACUGCGGAUCUGGACCCAUGGCAGCCCAGAACCUGCCAUUAUUAUGGGCGAUGGUAUGUUCUCCAAGCCCAUUAGAAGUGCUCAGUUUUAUUACCUCGACAAAUUUAUUCUCCUGGCAUCAGGACCCUCUCUGUUCCUGUACCUGUAUAAUGUGGACGUCACACGGGACGACAUCAAAAGAUACCAUCAACGGAGCGCCGUCAAAUUGACAGGAAGCUUUACAACAACGCAGGCAACCGACAUCACUGCCAUGUCUGCCAUCAAUGAUUUCUACUCUCACAUUGUUCUAGUGUGUGGUUCAGAUCGCUCCAUUCAAGUAUUUGAUAUGAACAAGGGUACAGUUGCCUCAGAGCUGCCUGAUGCCCACUGCAGAGUUGUCCACUACAUUACACAGAACAAGGGCUCCAUGUUCAGCACACAAGCACCGGAUUCAUACAACCUCUUCCUGACCAACGCAGUCACAGAUGGAAUGAAGAUUUGGGACCUCCGCACACUUAGGUGUGUGCGCCGCUAUGAGAACCAUCUGAAUCGCUGCCAUCCAUGCUCUUCAGCCAUCUCUCCGUGUGGUCGGUUCAUUGCCACAGGCUCUGAAGAUAACUGUGCUUAUGUGUAUGACAUUCGCAGCAGCAGCUUCCUUCACAAACUUCAGAGACACUCAGACACGGUGCUCAGUGUGACUUUCAAUCCAGCUACACCUGAGCUGCUGACUGGGGCCCUGGAUGGAAAUCUGCGACUGUUUCAGCCCAGCAGUGGGGCGAGUAUUUCUCAUGACACAAGUGCUGCUGUGUAGAGCAUCUCCAACAUGACUGCUUAAUCACACCAGGCUUCAGCACAGACCAUGCAGGUUUCAUUAAAGCGGUUCCAACCCCACGGCUAGGAUUUUUACUGGGAAAGGAAAACAUGAAAGGUUUUGUUUUGAGUUGUUGGUUAAAAGAAGAUCAAAAAUAGAUACAAGUUUAUGGAGGGUUUGUUUUUCUUGGUUUAUGUGCUUAUUGUGUUCCCCUACUUCUUUGUUUCAAAAUGUUCAGAGGAGACACCCAUCUGAGCUCACUCCUCUCUGUUAAACUUCCAGUGUGUACAUCAUUGGACUGUUUUCCUUUUGAACACGAUUCAAAGAGAUGUCAGUGUGAUUGAACAUCUUUUCAAUUAACCACAUUAUUGUAAUUAUUUAAACAAUUACAGUCAAGAUGCACAUUACACAAGACAAUUUUAGCAGCUAUUAUUCUAUCUGUUCCUCCACAUUCUUAAUGGUCGGAUUUUGUUUGUUCAGUUCUUGUAACAGACGCGCUUUUAUAUCACUGGUCGUUGCCGCAAUUUAACAGAUCAGCACACAGCCAUGACAUCAGCUGGGUGCAACCUCUUUAGCUGCCAGACUAACAGAUGCAACUACUGUUCAUACUGACACACCCGUCUACAUUGUUUGUGCUGUACAUUUACUCUUCUCUGCCAAAGCAAGCAACACUCAUCUGUUAUAUUA